AUGAACCCGACUCUUCUCAUCGGAGAUAUCGUAGAGAGAGAUUCGAAGCAGAACAUUCCAAUCGCCAUCCCCGCGGCGCCCUCUUCAUCAACCGGAUUCCCUUCACACAAGAGGCGCUGGAACCACUCUGCCUUUAAACGGCAGCGAGCUGGGGAUCUCGGCGACAAAGCACCUGUCUUCGAAUCGAAUCGCGGAAAUGGUACACAGGGCAUUCCAGCACAAAGUGACAAUGCGUCGCAAGUACUUGACUUGGCCGAGAAACAGCGCAUCGACCGAGAAAACAGACAGAAAUUGGCGGCCAUGACACCGCAAGAAAUCGCACAAGCACAGCAAGAUAUCAUGACGGGGUUGAACCCUGCGCUCAUUCAGCGCCUACUGCAGCGCGCAAACAUAGAUGAGCCAUCAGGCCCUUCGCCGUUUGAUCUGCCGAAUGACGUGGCCAAUACCGCAACACAGGCUGAGACGCCAUGGAGCGAUCCUCGUGCGACGGAAGUAUCGGAUCACGCAAAACCCAACAGUGAGCAGCCUUUGGCGGAAAGGCCCAAGCCUACACCAGGCUCACAUGGCCAAGAUUCUGCAGGGCUGUGUUCCAAAAAGAUUGCACAUGAUUACGACGAGGACAAAGCCCCUUCUCAGAUUCCGGCAGACUUGUUCCCCAUUACGGACCUGCCCAAGACGACGCACUUCCCCGUGCCGCCUAGCCUUCCAGACCUUGACCCGUUCGACCCCAAUUUCCUGGCGACCCUUCACGAAAAGUAUUUCCCGGAGCUCCCCGCCGACCCAAGCAAGCUCGCUUGGAUGGCACCGUUGCCCAGCGAAGGUAGCAGCGCGGACAAGGACUCGACAUAUUAUCCACACCCUGAAAUCUCGCUGUCAUCUCUGCGUUUUGAUUUCCGGGGUCGUUUUCUUUCGCCCAGGGUGAGUCGCUCCAUCGCCCCAACCAAAGGUCUGCACCAUCACGGGGAGGCGCCCGAGGCUGCUGGAUAUACCAUUGCCGAGCUGGCACGCUUGGCCAGAAGUGCGGUGCCCGCUCAGCGGUGUAUGGCUUAUCAAACCCUGGGAAGAAUUCUGUAUCGCCUGGGCAAGGGAGAGUGGGGAAAGACCGACAACGACGUCAUUGCCAUGGGCAUCUGGGCUGCGGUCAAGAAAGGCAGAGUACUCGAGAGCUUGAUGGAGGCUGCGGCCGGUGAAGGCGGCCACCGAGGCAGCAGGGCAUAUGCCACCGAAGCCUUGUGGCUGUUUGAGAGGGGCGGCUGGAAAGAGAAGUUCAAGGGGCGAUGA